AUGACGUUUAUUAGAGAGCUUGAAGCUUUAGCUAGCACAAAUAAAUGCAUGAAUAUCGCCCUAUGGGGAAUCUUUUGUUUUGGUGUUUUGAAGUGCGCUACAUUGACCUUGAGAACAUUAUCAUUAUUUUUCGAUCUGUUUGUCUUACCUCCAGUCAACUACUCUAAAUAUGGUGCCAAAAAAGGCAACUACUGUGUUGUCACUGGUGCUAGUGAUGGUAUUGGUAAAGAGUAUGCAGUUCAAAUGGCUAAACGUGGUUUUAACUUAAUUUUAAUUUCAAGAACUUUAAGUAAGCUGGAAACCAUACAAUCCGAAUUACAAGAAACCUACAAGGUUAAGGUUGAGAUUUUAGCAAUUGAUAUUGCCCAAGAUGAUUCUACCAAUUACAUGAAGAUUAAGGAACUAUGUCAAGGCUUACCAAUUUCUGUACUGAUUAACAAUGUUGGUCAAUCACACUCAAUUCCAGUACCAUUUUUAGAAACUGAGGAACAAGAAUUGAGGAAUAUCAUCACUAUUAACAACACAGCUACCUUGUUAAUUACUCAAAUUGUCGCUCCAUUCAUUGUAGAAACAGUCAAGAAUGAAAAAGAUCUGUCUAAGGGUUUAAUUUUGACCAUGGGCUCGUUUGGUGGUUACAUUCCAACUCCUCUCUUGGCCACAUACAGUGGUUCUAAGGCUUUCUUACAAAACUGGUCAUCAUCAUUGGCUGGUGAAUUAUCUAAGGAUAACAUUGAUGUCGAGUUGGUCCUAUCUUACUUAGUCACCUCGUCAAUGUCGAAAAUUAGAAGAACUUCCAUGUUGAUUCCAAAUCCAAAAACUUUUGUCGCUUCCACAUUGAGAAAUGUCGGCAGACGUUGUGGAUCUCAACAAAGAUUUGCUACAAUUACUCCAUAUUGGUCACAUGCAAUCUAUGCCUUUGUUAUUGACGAGACUUUUGGUGUCUAUUCUAAGAUCGUCAAUGCAAUCAACUUCUCCUUCCAUAAAUCAAUCAGAAUCAGAGCUUUGAAAAAAGCAGCUAGAUUAGCAAAGAAGGAGUAG